CUUGAUGCGAUGUCAUAUGCUGACACUUUUAGGCGCGCAAUUGGCCGAACACUGCAUUAGGCCUUCAAGGUUGCCUCAUAUUCGGACAUGGGUUACAGCUCAACGUGUAAAACACCAAUCGAUGCAAAUCAACAUGUACCUAACUGAUGCGGUAUAGCGGAUGGAUAAUAGUGUUGGUCGCUAGCCCAUAACAGCGGUAAAGGUUGUAUCGCUUCGUAUUUCUUUUGUGGGAGCUGACCUUAGCAUGCUAAAAGUGAACUUUUGCUUGACAUCCGGCGUCGAAAUCAUUUACUCUUACAUCAGAAGCCACAGCUCGAUCGUAUCACGUUAUGCCAGAGUCAAUAUCUCCAGCAUUUACCAGGCGAAUAGCCAUAGUCACUGGGGCAGCCCGUGGAGUCGGCUUCGCAAUCAGCAAAGCUCUCGCAUUGAAAGGCUACCUAGUCGUCAUCAGCGAUAUCGAUAGCAUUGAAGGUACUCACGCGACAAAGAGCCUCAAUGAAACAAUGGGCGCCGGUACUGCUGUAUUCAUUCAUUGUGACCUGGCUCGACUUUCUUCCAUCGAUAAGCUCCUUGAGUCGACUGUCCAGCAACUUGGGAGCUACAGUCUGCUUGUCAAUAACGCUGGCUAUCUACGAGCGCCUUUCCUCGCACUGUCGGCAGAGCAUAUGGAGCAGAGCAUAUCGGUGAAUUUAACUGCACCACUAUACGCGUUGCAGCGUGCCGUUAUGUACUGGAACGCGCAUCCUCAUAUCGAGGCUCCUGCCGUCGUUACAGUGACAUCGUCCUCAUCAUUCAAGACCUAUGCGUCCAUUCUCCCAUACGGCGCUGCAAAAGCUGGCGCUGCACAGUUUACAUUUGCCAGUAGGGACUUUGGGCCAAGGAUCAGAGUCACAGCUGUGGCCCCGACGGCCAUCGCGACCGGAUUUGAGCUGGGAAAUAUGAGGAUUGCUACGGAGCAAGAAGGUCCUGGGUACACACCGGAAGAUGCGAUGAGAGCCAUGGGAUUGGAACGAUUGAGUCCAGAGGACGUGGCCAAUGAAGUCGUGAGAUGUGCAGAGGAUAAGGAUAUUUGGGGAAUUGUUGUGCAUCUAGAUAAGGCGAAAGGUGCGAAGAUUUUCGGGGGGUAUGAGGAUUUCAUGGGCGUGUGA